AUGUCACAAAUACCCAAAUUCUACCGCAUCUUCUUCCUCUACAUCGACCCCCUAAUCUGCCUCUCAGGAAUCUACAUAUUCUUCUUCGACCACGCACUCUACAUCUCCAACGGCACACCCACCGCCAUCUCCAGCUUCUCAUCCACCGCUCUCACCCCAUUCACCGAUUACCUUCUCACUGCACUUGGCGCCUACUCCCUCUUCGUCUUUUGCAUGCAAGUCCUCCUGCUUCACGGCUUCAAGAACGCGGCAAACGGAGUGAACGUGAGGAUUUGGAGGAUCGUCCAGUUUGGGAUUUUGUUGAUUGAUUUUGGACUUGUGUAUGCGGUUUGGAGGGCUGAUGAGAGGGGGUUUUGGGAUUUGAAGGGGUGGGAUGAGGGGGAGUGGACGAAUAAUGGGAUUUUAGGGGGGGUUAUUGUUGUGAGGAGUGCGUUUCUGCUUGGGGUUGGGGGUGUGGGGAGGGUUGACUCCUGA